AACGUCCGUGGGCGUGGCGUAGUGUUUGGCCGGAGCAAGGAGUCUAUUCUCGAUAGCCAGGCAAAUACAAUCUUGCAUUUCUCAGACUAGUGGAUUCGAUCAGUGGUCAGCAUUGCCGUAGCUUGCACAUUUUUAGCCACCGAAAUAGACUAGACAGUAGAAACCAAACCUGCUUUAUUUGAUGCUUUAGCAAACACCGUCGGCUUUGUAUCAUAAUGGGUGUGGAAAUUGAAACAAUAUCCCCAGGAGAUGCAAGGACUUUCCCAAAGAAGGGCCAGACAUGUGUCGUCCAUUACACAGGUAUGCUGCAGAAUGGGAAGAAGUUUGACUCUUCUCGAGACAGAAACAAGCCCUUCAAGUUCAAGAUCGGGCGACAGGAAGUCAUCAAGGGCUGGGAGGAAGGAAUCGCACAGAUGAGCGUGGGCCAGCGGGCGAAGAUCACCUGCACGCCGGAUAUGGCCUAUGGAGCCACAGGUCACCCCGGUGUCAUCCCCCCCAACGCCACUCUCAUCUUCGAUGUUGAGCUCCUUAAGCUGGAGUGAGUGACCCCUCUCUGGGGUCAGGGGUGAAAGGUCAACUAGGGCCUAAAAGGUCACUCACUACCUUCCCUUUGAGGGGGUAACACUGCUCCAUACCAUCGACCAACGCUCCUUUUGAUUUUUAGCAUCUUCAACUUCUCAACAGUUAAAGGAUCUACUGCUUUGUUGCCAACUUUGUGUCAUUGUAGAUGGAUGCUGUCUGCCGCUAAACAGAUUUUAGAUUUUUUACACACUGACGAUACCAUAGUUUGGCUUCCUCUUUGCUUUAAUGUUUUUAAUGUCCAUGAGCAUUGUUUUUAUUUUUCAAAAUGUUUCCCUUUCAUUUUAGGUUGUACAUUUUCUUGAAUCUGCAUAUGACAAAGAAACAUCCGAUGAAUGCGGUAAUAUAUUACAAUGGAAAGUCA